GGAAGGAGGGGCCUGGCCCGGCCCCCACGCUCAAGCCCACACAGGUAACGGCUGUCGGAGUGGAAUGUGGCAGAGGUGUGGAACUUUUAGCUUCUAGCAGGGUGUGGAGGAGAUAGAGGUUCAGGAAGGGAGUUAACGCUCCGUGUCAUUGCUACUCACCUGGAUAGGGAGCGUGUGCAGGCGCUGACGUUUAAGGAGGGAUCAAGUCACUGCAUACAAAGUCUCAGUCAGUUACUCGGAAUCUCUUUAUCGCACGCACGCAGGCAGGCACGUUUGAGUCCCUAGGUUUAUGGGCAAUUCGGUCAAUAUUUGACCGGAGCACACUGUACAGGAGGGAAGAAGCAGAACUUUAUUUUUUUUGAUACUAGGAGUUGCAGAUUUGACUUUUCACUGCAGCUGGAAAGACAUUUUUUCUCCAAAACUGUUGGAUCACAGUUGCCAAAGCGGAUUUAGUGCAACUACCAUCAUUAAUUGUUGUUGGACUCAGACUGGUGUGGGAUCAGGAACAGGUGCAGGAAGGCGAUGGGGAGAUGGACGUUACGUCUCUCGGUGGGCCUUGGGCUUUUGCUCAUUCUCGUGAGCUACACUCGCGCUGAAGCCAACUAUUGCUACGCCAGCAGGUCCAAAACCUGCUCGGAAUGUUUGCAGGCAGGAAAAGGGUGCGCCUACUGUCCGGAUGAGACCUUUAAUGGACCUCGCUGCGACCUGCACGAAAACAUUCUGGCUCACGGCUGCAGUGCCGCGGCCGCCAUCACGGCCAAAAGCCGCAUGAGGAUUGAAAGGGAAGAACAGAUCAACGUCCGAAUGGCCCAGUCGCAGGUGUCCCCGCAGCAGAUGAGUAUGUCUCUGCUACCAGGGGAAGAGAAGAUGGUGGACAUGGAAGUCUUUGCUCCAACCAAAGGCCCCCUGGAUCUUUAUAUUCUUAUGGACUUCUCCAACUCCAUGGAAGACGAUUUGGAUAACUUGAAGAGGAUGGGUCAGGAGCUGGCGUCACUGGUGAAGAAGCUAUCAGAUGACUACACCAUCGGAUUUGGAAAGUUUGUGGACAAAGUUAUUGAGCCCCAAACGGACAUGAGACCCGCCAAACUUGACCAACCAUGGCCCAACAGUGACCCUCCCUUCUCUUUUGAAAACGUCAUCAAGCUGACCAACGACUUGAACUUCUUCACCAGCGAGCUUCAAAAGGAAAGAAUCUCCGGCAACCUGGACGCUCCCGAGGGAGGUUUUGACGCCAUACUGCAAGCUGCAGUCUGCACGGAUAAUAUCGGUUGGCGCGAGCAGAGCACGCAUCUGUUGGUUUUCUCCACCGAGUCGGCCUUCCACUACGAGGCGGACGGCGCCAACGUGCUGUCGGGCAUCCUGCCCCGCAACGACGAGAAAUGCCACCUGGACGGCGAAGGCAAAUACACCGAAGCUACCAAGCAGGAUUACCCCUCCAUCCCCACGCUGGUCCGUCUGCUCGGCAAACAUAACAUUAUUCCCGUAUUUGCCGUCACCAACCACUCCUUCACGUACUACAAGAAACUCCAAACCUAUUUCCCCAUUGCCGAGGUGGGCCUGCUGCAAGAGGACUCCUCCAACAUCUUGCAAGUCAUGGAGAUGGCUUUUGAGAGUAUCCGUUCCAAGAUGAGCAUUCGUGCGGAAGACAGACCCAAAGCCUUUGAAGCGGAGUUCCUGUCCACCAGCGGAAAGGUUGCCAAACACGGAGACUUUGCUUUUCGGCCUGGAGCCAUUGGCAAAUUCACGAUGCGACUCAAAGCCCAUCGAAUGCUGGACGAUUCUCCGGUCUGUAAAAUGGAUGCGGAUGAAAAGUCGGGCCUCAUGAGAGUUAAACCUACGACCUUUAACGCCGCCAUGAACGUUCAAGCCACCGUGCUCUGUCCAACUUGUGACUGUGAGAAGACUGCCAUCGCCAACGCGCCCAGAUGCCAUGGCAACGGAGACCUUGUGUGCGGGAAGUGUCAAUGCCACGACGGCUGGUUGAGUACGUUCUGCAACUGUUCAGCGAGCGCUUCGGCCCUGGACACCCGUCUGUGUAUCGGUCCAGGAUCGACGGAACCUUGUUCCGGUCGCGGGGACUGCCGGGAGUGCGGAAGAUGCGUGUGCUACAACCCUGACCAGUUUGAAGGACCUUACUGCCAGUAUGAUCGAACCCAGUGUCCGCGAUUCGGAGGCUUCCUCUGCAACGACCGUGGCUCCUGCAUUAUGGGCCGCUGUGUGUGUUCUGAUGGCUGGGAAGGAAAUGCCUGCGAGUGUCCCAAGAGCAACCAGACCUGUUUAGACAGCAAGGGGGGGGUGUGCAAUGGGCGUGGUAAAUGUGUUUGCGGUCUCUGUGAGUGUCAAUCAUCUGGUCUUGAAAUGACGUCCACCUGCGAGCCCAAUUUCCAGGCUCAACUCGGUGUUUGCGAGGCCACACGGACUUGUGCUCAGUGCCAAGCUUGGAAGACAGGAGAGCGGAAGGACAAGAAGGAAUGUGACAAGUGUCCUUUCAGAAUCAUCAUGGUGGACGAACUCAAAGAAGCGGACAAGGUGAUGGAAAAGUGCAGCUAUCGUGACGAGGAGGACGACUGCACAUACCACUACACUUUGGAAACCCCCAAAAAUCCAGACUCCAAAGACUUGGAGGUCCAAGUGCUGAAGAAGAAAGAUUGUCCAGCUGCCAGCCUCCUGUGGCUGCUCCCUCUCCUCUUGUUCCUCUUGUUACUGCUGGCGCUUUUGUUGCUCUGCUGCUGGAAAUACUGCAAAUGCUGCAAAACCUGCUGGCAGAGCUGCCUUGCCCUCUUGCCUUGCUGUAAUAAAGGCCGCAUGGUUGGAUUCAAGGAGGAUGAGUAUCUUCUCCGCCAGUCUCUGCUCACCUCAGACCACCUGGACACUCCAAUGGCGAGGACAGGCCCUCUGAAAGGGACCGACGUCGUUCGCUGGAAGGUUACCGAUAAUGUGCACCGGAGUCCCAACCACCCCCAGGCUCUAGUCAAGCCCAACCCCAAAGAAACAAUUCAGUAUCCAAUCUCCCUGCGGCUUAACAGGCGCUUUACGGAGAAUUUGUCUCGUCCCGAUUCCAGAGAUGCGGAGCAGCUUCGUAAAGACGUCGCAGAUAAUCUGAAUGAUGUCUACAAGCAAAUUCCUGGAGCCCAGAAAAUGCAGAAGACCUCAUUUAGAACACAGAGAAAUGCAGGCAAAAGGCAGGACUACACCAUCAUGGACACCAUCCUGUCCGCCCCUCGCAGCAGCUACCCUGAUAUUGUCAAGAUGACCGAGAAAAAUGUCCAGUCUGGACGCUUCAGCGACCUGAAAGUGUUGCCUGGCUACUACACGGUUGCAACCGAUAGAGAGGCGGCAGGUGCUAUCGAGUUCCAAGAAGGUGUGGAGUCGGUGGAUGUUCACGUGCCACUCUUUGUAAAGGAUGAAGAUGAUGACAAGAAGCAGCUCCUGGUGGAGGCCACAGAUGUGCCGCUGGGAAUUGCCCAAAUUGGAAAACGCUUGGUGAACAUCACCAUCAUCAAAGAACAUGCUUCCAGUGUGUUUUCCUUCCUCCAGCCGGCCUACACGUACAGUCGACAGGACGGGGUGGCAAAUAUUCCAAUUAGUCGAGAGAUCAUUGAAGACGGACGCACACAAGUCUCGUACCGUACGCGAGAUCUCACAGCCAAGGAUAAAAAGGACUACGUGACUGUAGAUGGAGAUCUCACUUACGCUCCCGGUGAGACACAAAAGACGGUUCCGGUUCGUCUGCUGGAGCUCGGGGAGAAAGACGCCCUCCUGGGUGACAAACAGGUCAAACAGUUUGCCAUGGACCUGAGUAACCCGCGACAAGGCGCCAAGCUUGGCCGCUACCCUCGAACUACGGUCACAAUCGCCGACCUACCAGAGCCCAGUGUGAUGAUGUUCAAGAAGGGCACCCAGAGCUUCACCACAUCCGACCCAAAUUACACCAUCCCCGUGGUGCGCACUCGCAACCAGGACAGCCCCGCGACGGUGAAAUGGCGCACAAAGAAGGGCCAGCGCUUUGACCUCUCCGGCCUUCUCAAGUUUAACCCUGGAGAGACCGAGAAGAAUAUAGUGAUCGAUCCGAGGAGCCACCCUGCUCUGAGUCAACCAGACUCCUUCCAGCUGGAGCUUUUGGAACCAAGUAGCAAUGCCACAGUCGGCGAGAGGAAGACCACCGUUGUCAAUGUUGUGGAAGGAGCUCCGAGGUCUCCUGAGAUGGCCCAGAUGCAGCAAAAAGGUUUUAGCGGGCGCCUUCAUGCGCCAGGCAACCCGAAGGCCAAGGCAACUGGACCCAAAAGCAUCCACCUCAACUGGGACCCACCGGCGGGUAACCCAAUGGGGUACAAGGUGAAGUAUUGGAUCUACGGUGACCCCGAGAAAGAUGCCCAGGUCUUAGAUGUCAAGACACCUCAAGCCGAGCUGACCAACCUGUAUCCCUACUGUGACUAUGAGAUGCGAGUGUGUGCCUACAAUUCCUUUGGAGAUGGCACUGAAACGGACAUGAUUCCCUGCCAGACUUUGGAAGAUGUGCCCGGUGAACCGGGACGACUCGCCUUUAAUGUCAUAAGCCCAACAGUCACUCAGGUCAGUUGGGCGGAGCCGGCCGAGACCAACGGCAACAUCACCGCUUACGAGGUCAUCUACACACCUAUCGACGAUGAUCUGAAGCCGGUCGGUGCGGCCAAGAAGGUGAAGAUAGACAACCCAAAGAAGCGAAUGCUAUUGAUUGAGAAUCUGGUGAACGCCCAGACCUAUCAGUACAAGGUCCGUGCCAAGAACGGCGUGGGUUGGGGCCCCUACAGAGACGCUACCAUCAACUUGGCAUCGCAACCCGCCAGACCUCUCUCCAUCCCCAUCAUUCCAGAUGUCCCGAUCGUGGACGCCGAAGCAGGAGACGAGUACGACAGUUAUCUGAUGUACAGCAACGAGGUGCUGAAGUCUCCUGCGGGCUCCAAGACACCCAGCGUUUCUGGUGACGAUUACAUGAUGAAUGGAAAAUGGGACCAGAACUUCCUCUUCCCAGGCGGCUCCGUCACACGCAACUUGUCUACGUCCUCUACUCCGAUGUCCACUAUGAACUCCCACUACAUGGGCGGCUCCUUCACCACCGAAACCACAAGCAACUACAUGCCGGGGAGCCCCCGUCGACCCGAUAUGAUGGGCGGAAUGCACACCACGGACGUCAUCAUGAGGAAGCGCUCAGAGAGGGGUUACGCAGACGAACACAUCAGGGACUCCAUCGUCAUGGGCGAUAUGUCGAGCAACUUUCCAGAUCUAGGUGUGUACGGCUUCAGCGGGUGGCAGAAUACCUCUCAGAACCAAUACGGCUCCCACAGCCUGUCUCAGGGUCCCAGGGCCAGGACUCAGUCUUCCGAGGUCAACGAAGCUCUGUAUAAUUUGGACAGGGUGCUCCAGGAUGCAAGACUCUCUCCAGGCGUCCCGGACACCCCCAGCCGACUGGUGUUUUCAGCUCUGGGUCCUACGGCACUCAAAGUCAGCUGGCAGGCGCCCCUCUGCCAGAAGGACAUCCUGGGUUACUGUGUGCUCUACCAGCCGCUCAAUGGAGGUGACGUGAACCGCAUCAACGUGACCAACCCGGCGGACAACUCUGUGAUUAUCCAGGACCUUCUGCCCAACCAUUCUUACCUGUUUAAGGUGAAGGCUCAAAGCCAAGAAGGCUGGGGCCCCGAAAGAGAAGGCGUCAUCACCAUCGAGUCGGCCGUGGACCCCAAAAGUCCUUACAGUCCCAUGCCAGGCUCUCCUUUCACUCUGAGCACCCCGAGCGCGCCGGGUCCCCUCGUCUUUACGGCUCUCAGCCCCGAUUCCUUGCAACUGAGUUGGGAGAAACCCAGGAAGCCAAACGGAGACAUUCUUGGCUACGUGGUCACCUGCGAGCAGCUUCACGGAGGAGGUGACACGCGUUCCUUCCAGGUGAGCGGGGACAGCGCCGAGACCCGGCUGACCGUCUCCAACCUGACUGAGAACGUCCCCUACAAGUUCAAAGUUCAGGCUCAAACCACACAGGGCUACGGCCCGGAAAGGGAGGGCAUCAUCACCAUCGAGUCUCAGGAUGGAGGCGCUUUGUCGCAGUACAAUAAUCAAUCCAUGACCAGGAGGGACGUUUUCAACAUGCCAAGUGACAUUAGCACCACGAGCAGCGUCUCUCGCACCAUGAUCAACGACCCGUCGUACUUCUCAGAUGGAAUGAUGAUGACCACGCAACACACAGAAAGCAGCGGCAUGAUGACCCGCCAAAUCACUAAGGAAGUAGUCCAGAGGAGCGUCAUGGGAGGGACCACCGUCACCAAGAAUAUGUUUUACGAGUCUUAAAGUACAGUAAGCUUUUCAUUUGGCCUCCAUUUGCAUUCUCACGCUCCCAAUAUUUGAGAUUGUCCUUUAAAAAGAGUCAUGCGUGCUUGAUGUACAGUGUGUCGUGACGAUGAUGCGUGCCAUCAAAAACAAACAAUCUGGAAUGCUGGAGUGGUAGAGGGAAAAAAAAAAUGAUUGCGUCUGUUACAAGCUUCGACCACUCGUUCCUUGAGAUUCAUCUUUUACUCUGUUGUUCAUUUCACGUCUGAGGGGAAAACGACCCGAGUUGACAAACACAUGCUCAUGCUCAUGCUCAUGCUCACAAACGGUGGAUGGAAAGCAGGCAGGUCAUCUGAGAGCACGGUUCAUCCAGAAUGACACCGCGCCCUUCUGGUCAAUCUCUUUGGUCAGGAUGUCUGUCACAUGUCCACAUUUAGAAAAGCAGCAAUCUCAAGUUUUGGGGUGGAUGCUUUUUAUUUUGGAGGGAGUGAGCAAGUUGCGGCACAUGAAAUGAGCGUUGUGCAAAAGAAUUGAAAAAUAUAAUGAAUGGCAUGAAGUCAUACAAGCAUGCCAAAUCUAAAAAAAGUCUUUUAGAGUCAAGCACGUUUGUGCUCUUGCUGUAUUUCCUCGUCAUUUCUACAAAAGAAUGGAUACAUUUGAUUUGACAUUUUCUUUUGGACUCAAUACUUUGUAGUACUUGAUGCUACUUGUUGUCAUUCUAAUGCAUUGAGAAGAGGAAUUGCAUAUAGAAGACAAAGAGAUUGUAUUUGCUUAAGCCUUUUCAUUCUAUAGCUUUGCUUUUACAAAAAUUCAACAUGUUGGGCCGAACGUGGAAAAAUGGAAUACGUUGAAAAAAGAUCACUUUUGACGCAAAUGCGCUGUUUUGUUUCUCUGUAUGGCAGAUCUGUUGCACUUAAUAAAGAUCCAAAAGAAUGUC